AUGAAGGAGAUAAACAAGAUUUCUGAGGGGAAGUUAGUGUUUGUCAGAAGCAAAAUAAGUCAGGCCCUUACAGAUAGUGCUGCAUCCAGAGUAGAUCAUGUUACUAUAGUAGGCAUGAUAUUAAUGUAUCAAUUACCAUCUAAUCGCUGUUGUCAGGCCAGCAUAAUCGAGAUUGAAAAGGUGCAGAAGAAGUUGAGAAGUUAA